AUGCAGAUUCCAACUCAAGGUGGCGGCACUGUGACUGUCCCUUACUCAAUGAAUGCUAAUGGUGAGAUUGCGUUCAGUGGAAUGCAACUCGGCCAUCAAGGAUUCAGUGGUGCUCAAAGGAAAGGGGAACCGAAGGAUGGAAAGAAGAAGGCAGCAUGUUAUGUAUGUGGCAACGAAGACCAUAUGUCUCCAAAAUGCCCAGACAGGCUGCUACCAAAGAUCCAAUGGAAGAAUCAGGAUCAAUAUGUUGACUAUGGGAAGAAGCUCAAUCUUAAUCAGAUUGGAGCAACUGUCCCAGAUACUGUACCAGCUAUAGUUCCUGGAGCUUCAGCAUCCACAAGUGGAGCAUCAAGUGUUGCGGGAAGCAUUCCAACUCAAGGUGGCGGCACUGUGACUGUCCCUUACUCAAUGAAUGCUAAUGGUGAGAUUGCGUUCAGUGGAAUGCAACUCGGCCAUCAAGGAUUCAGUGGUGCUCAAAGGAAAGGGGAACCGAAGGAUGGAAAGAAGAAGGCAGCAUGUUAUGUAUGUGGCAACGAAGACCAUAUGUCUCCAAAAUGCCCAGACAGGCUGCUACCAAAGAUCCAAUGGAAGAAUCAGGAUCAAUAUGUUGACUAUGGGAAGAAGCUCAAUCUUAAUCAGAUUGGAGCAACUGUCCCAGAUACUGUACCAGCUAUAGUUCCUGGAGCUUCAGCAUCCACAAGUGGAGCAUCAAGUGUUGCGGGAAGCGUUAACACACCUUUGCGACUUGCUGGUACUACAGGUAAUCAAAUGAUGCAAGUUCCUUCAUGCAGAUUCCAACUCAAGGUGGCGGCACUGUGA